CUUUUCAAUAUAUCGGCCCUAUAACCGUAGAUUCAUACCUCAUCUCGAGAUGCAGCCCACAAUUCGAGCUCUCGCCCAAGCGUCACAUAUGCACAAACCUAUGAUCAAUUUCUUGGGCAAGAGGCAAUGGAAGCCAGAAUCGCCGCAUCCUCAUCCUGCCGCGCCGCCAGAGCUGCAGAGGGCGUUCCCUGACUUCCUCAAGAAGUUCGAGAGCUCUGCGUCUGGUUCCUCGUCUCCAGCUUCAUCGCCAUCGAGUGGGAGGCCGGUAUACGGAGAGUUCUGGGAGGCUCCGAGCUGGGUCUGGAAUCCCAGGGUUAGGGUAUUAGAGGAGGCUGAGAUGGACGCUAUCACGAGUGGAGGAGCUUCAGGAUUCUAGAAGUCUUUUUUGAUUUUGUAUCAGAAUUUUCCGCACUUGAUCGUGAACCGUCCAUCGGUCGCCUGUCCCGAACUCUUCCGAACUACUAGCACCAACUUGCGUCCGCUGGUGGCCCUCACUUUAUC